CUCUCCCCCCCCCAAUCCCACCUCUCUCUCUCUCUCUCUACGGAGCUCGAGAUCAGAGUGAGGGAGAACAACGACUGGCAAUUUAACUAACUCCCAUUAUAUUUUUCUCUUCUUUUUCUUUUUUCUCUGUUUUAUUGAUUUCCAGAGCUCUACUUUUCUUCCGAGGCUUUAUAUGCGAUCUCUUCCUUAUCUUUUCUCCUAAAUUUCAGUAACUUUCCUGCUUGGUUAACAAUGAAAGGCUUAAAUUCCUGUUUGCAAUUGGUUGUUCUUGGAAAACAUCGGAUUUUACUGGAGUUCUGAUUCUAUUCCUGGCGAAAAUUUCUAAUUUCUAUUCAAACUUUGAGCUUUUCCUACUCUUCUCGGAUCGAUCGAUUCCUCUCCCAAGCUCGGAUUCCUGUCAACUCCCACUUUCUCUGCUCUCUUAUCAUCACCAGAACCUCUUCUGUUGGCUUUCGUUAGAGAAAACUAGGGUUCCAAAAGUUCCCAUUUUGGUGAGAAAAUCACAUCUUGGAGCUCUUCUCCCAGGAUUUCUCCUCUGUGAAGUGGUGAUACAACCUUGGUUUCUCUAGAAAGAUGGUGUCUAGAUCCUAUUCGAACCUUCUUGAGCUGACCUCCGGCGAGCCACCGUCCGUCGGCCGGAUUCGCCGCCGGAUCCCCCGGGUGAUGACGGUGGCCGGCCUCAUUUCCGACCUCGACGAGGACUCCGACUCCGAUACCUCCGCCGGCACGUCCUCCUCCCCCCACGACCGCACCAUCGUCGUCGCCAACCACCUCCCAGUCCGCGCCCACCGCCGCCCCGACGGUCGCGGCUGGACCUUCUCCUGGGACGAGGACUCCCUCCUCCUCCAGCUUAAGGAUGCCAUCGGCGACCACUGCGACAUGGAAUUCAUCUACGUCGGCUGCCUUCGCGACGAGAUCCCCCCCGCCGACCAGGACGAGGUCGGCCAGAUCCUCCUCGAGACCUUCAAGUGCGUGCCGGCCUUCCUGCCGCCCGACCUCCUCGCCCGCUUCUACCAUGGCUUCUGCAAGCAGCACCUGUGGCCGCUCUUCCACUACAUGCUCCCGCUGUCGCCGGAGCUCGGCGGCCGCUUCGACCGCUCCCUCUGGCAGGCCUACGUCUCCGUCAACAAGAUAUUUGCCGAUAAGAUUCUAGAGGUGAUCAAUCCUGACGAGGAUUUUGUCUGGGUUCAUGACUACCACCUCAUGGUCCUUCCAACCUUCCUCAGGAAAAGGUUUAAUCGGGUCAAGCUCGGAUUUUUCCUUCAUAGUCCAUUCCCCUCGUCGGAAAUCUACAAGACUUUGCCCGUCCGGGAGGUGCUCUUGCGGGCGCUGCUGAAUUCCGACUUGAUUGGAUUCCACACCUUUGAUUAUGCUCGCCAUUUUCUGUCCUGCUGUAGUAGAUUGCUCGGGCUGUCGUAUGAGUCCAAGAGGGGCUACAUUGGAUUGGAGUAUCAUGGCCGGACGGUUAGCAUCAAGAUACUGCCGGUUGGAAUUCAUAUGGGUCAGCUGAGGUCGGUGCUGGGCCUACCGGAGACCGAGGCGAAGGUCGCAGAGCUCGUCGAGCAGUUCUGGAAUCGGGGAAGGGUGAUGCUUCUCGGUGUUGACGACAUGGACAUCUUUAAAGGGAUCAGCUUGAAGCUGCUGGCCAUGGAGGAGUUGCUCAAGCAGCAUGCGGAGUGGAGGGGGAAGGUGGUUUUGGUUCAGAUUGCUAAUCCGGCAAGGGGGAGGGGGAGGGAUGUCAGGGAAGUCCAGGAGGAGACCCAGGCGAUGGCGAGGAGGAUCAAUGAGGCCUAUGGUGCGAAUGGGUAUGAACCUGUUAUUUUGAUCAAUGAGCCGCUUCAGUUCUAUGAGAGAAUGGCUCACUAUGUGGUGGCAGAGUGUUGUUUGGUAACGGCGGUGAGGGAUGGUAUGAAUCUUAUCCCUUAUGAGUACAUUAUUGCCCGGCAGGGGAAUGAGAAGUUGGAUAGGUUCUUGGGCUUGAAUCCUUCCACACCGAAGAAGAGUAUGUUGGUGGUUUCGGAGUUUGUCGGGUGCUCACCGUCAUUGAGUGGGGCUAUCCGGGUGAAUCCAUGGAAUAUAGAAGCCGUGGCUGAUGCAAUGGUGUAUGCACUUGAAAUGUCUGAGCCAGAGAAGCAGCUACGGCAUGAGAAACAUUACAGGUUUGUCAGCAUUCAUGAUGUCGGCUACUGGGCAAAUAGUUUCUUGCAAGAUUUGGCAAGGACAUGUCACGGCCAUUCCAAGAGGAGGUGUUGGGGAAUUGGGUUUGGUCUAGGGUUCAGGGUUGUCACUCUUGAUUCAAACUUUAGGAAGCUGUCAAUGGAGCACAUUGUUUCAGCAUACAAGAGAACUAAAACCCGGGCCAUCCUGUUAGAUUAUGAUGGUACGCUGAUGCCACAAGCGUCGAUUGAUAAGAGCCCGAGCUCAAAUUCCAUUGAAAUCUUAAACAGUUUGUGUGCUGAUAUGAAUAAUGCGGUCUUUCUUGUUAGUGCUAGAAGUAGAAGCACUCUCAGUGAGUGGUUUUCGCCUUGCGAGAAUCUGGGCAUGGCUGCAGAGCAUGGUUACUUUCUGAGGUUGAAGAGAGAUGCAGAAUGGGAAACCUGUGCUCCUGUGGCUGACUGUAGUUGGAAGCAGAUUGCAGAUCCUGUAAUGAAGCUAUAUACUGAAACAACCGAUGGCUCAACCAUCGAAGAUAAGGAAACUGCACUUGUCUGGUCCUAUGAGGAUGCUGAUCCUGACUUUGGGUCUUGCCAAGCCAAGGAGCUCCUUGAUCAUCUUGGGAGCGUCCUUGCAAAUGAGCCAGUAUCGGUGAAGAGUGGUCCGCAUGUUGUGGAGGUUAAACCACAGGGUGUGAACAAGGGCCUGGUGGCCCAGCGCCUACUGUCGGUCAUGCAGGAGAGGGGCUUAUCACCAGACUUUAUACUGUGUAUUGGAGAUGAUAGGUCUGAUGAAGAUAUGUUUGCAAUUAUUAGCACUGCCAUGGCAAGCAGUUCUGUAACUCCUGCAGCAGAAGUGUUUGCAUGCACGGUUGGUCAGAAGCCUAGUAAGGCCAAAUAUUAUCUGGAUGAUACAGCCGAGAUUGUUAGGCUGAUGCAAGGAUUGGCUGCAGUCUCAGAACAAGUGCGCAGAAGCUCGCAAAUGGUUUAGUACUACACUUGCCAUCCAAAAGAUGGCAAGAUACAUUCUUUCUUUUGUCUUACGUGACUUUUUGAGUACCUUGUGAAGUAUCAUGCAGUAGUGUAGUGGAUCUUCCUUUUUCAUGUUAUCAAGUAGGGUGUAUAUAAGUUAAACCCUUGAAAAAAGUUGUUGUGAUGAUA